CCACCGCUAUAUUAAUGCUCCUAGAGGUGCACUAGGGACUUUACAGAGUGCCACAAGCUCACGCCUAAACUGACCACCUACCAUGAACUCUUCCGCCCGUCAUUUUGCAAGUAACGAACUCUCUGAUUCCGACUUUCAAGAGUCCCACAGUUCGACCACUUCUGGCCAGUCCUCGGGUAAAGAUGAAUCUAAGGGCCCCUCCAAACGCCUGCUCCACUCCCCUAAUUCUUCAUGCAAACGUCGCAAGCAGUCAGGCUCCGAUUCUGUAGAAUUUUUCCCUGACACCAAGCGCCAUCUCCAAGGCCAAUACAUUAAUGCUUACCGCACCCUCUUUAACGAAAGUGUGAACGAUGCGGUGCAUCGAUUUGUCUCAGAUGCCUCUUUCAUCCCACCAAGAGCCCAAAUCGGCGCGUCAAGAUGGUCCAUGGACGAAAAGUCCAGGUUCUUCGCAGCCCUCGACAGGCUUGGAAGAGGUGAUUUGCCCGGAAUUGCUCGAGCUGUGCGAACGAAGACCAUUCCGGAAAUUCAAAACUUGUUUCUUCUGCUAGAAAAUUCCACUCUCGAGCGCAAGAUCACCUCUCAAGACAUUUCGGCUGCAACCGAAGUCAGUCCGGCAUGCAUUGAGCGACUAGAAGUGGCUGGCGAUGCGCUAGCUUGGUAUCAAGAACGCUUUGAAGCAAAGGCAGAACAGGAUAGAUAUGGGAAGUACUGGCUCGUCACACCCGAGAUAGCCGAUCAAAUAGAGGAAGCCAUUAGACCCUCGAGGACCCCUUCUUUGUCUCUACCGCUUGAUUCUAGGAAUGCAGAACUUGAGGAUUCUUCGCCUGUACGCAAUGCAAGCACCCCAAAUGUACCAGAGAUCUUGCAACACAUUCCUGAGGCAAGUCUUCUCAAGCCAUCGGCACUUCUUACCCUCUCAAAGUCUCUCUUCAUGAAUUCUUCUCCCAUUCUUCAACCGACAUAUCCGCAUUGGACCGACCUCAUUUCACCAUUAGCGUCGGAGCCAUCGAUCUACCGAACUGCAUUCAUCGAUUUCCAUACUUUAGUCCUUUCCCUCACAAAACGCAUUACUCAGGCCACCAUAAUCCAAGCGACAUCUCGUAUUCGAUCACAAAGCUGGCGUAUCAAGAAAGGGGUGAGUCCCUUAGUGAAGAGACGAGAUGUACUCACUGCAGUAGACAUGUUAGGAUUGAAGAGGAAUGGACGCGAGCGAUGGAAGGGAGUCGCAAGGCGUUGUCGACUCCGUGUGUUUGACGGGGCGGGGAAAAGUAAGAGGGAAGUUGAUUGGGAUGAAAUUGAAGCAAUCAUGGGAAUACCAGUACAGCCAAAGGACUUUGCAGAUGCCGAUUCUAGCGGGAAAAAGCGAAAUUUGUCCUCUGGUGAGGACGAAGAUGAUUUCAAAUGGAGAGCUCGUCGUAGCGGCACUCCUCUUCCUCGAGAAAGCCUCGCCCACUCUGAAAACGAUGACGAGUCCAGGUCUGAUAAGCAGUGCGAAGAUGAAGGCUCGGGAAGAGACUCUUCAGGAAGUAGUCAAACGUCACAAUCCUCCGCACGCAAUACGACCAGGUCUCCUUCAAAGCCUCCGCACAGCUCACCAGACGCAAAACUAGAUAUGAUCUUAGAAGACCUUGAUCAAGAAGCCAGCCGGGAAGAGGAGCGUCGCCUCUGGGAAAUCCUCGGUGAUACCCAACAUCCGAUUAAAGAGCCCAGAAAGACUGAAGAAAAUCCGCUCCCCAAAUUCUCCGAUGACAAUACCGCCAAUUUUGAAGGGUGGAGGGGCUGGACAGAGUACUAUGCCGAAUGGGAAGAAUUCUGUACCCCUGUCCCCGAAGUCAAAUUCCUGGAAAAUAGAAAGCUACCCCGGGCUACGACAGACAAGCUCAGCAACCCCGAUGCGACUACUUCAAUCUACCAAGGCUCCAACAAUAGUGAUAGAGAUGGACAAAGUGACAGAAACUGGAAGAAGAGUAGGAAGGCAAACGCACCUGACAUCCCUAUUCGAGAUGCACACGAUGAGGGUGUAUCUGAUGAUGCUAAGAUGCUGGUGGACUCUAUUGAGAAUGCGCAUAUGCAGCAUAGAGACUCCCUUGUAACUCAAAUGUCUGAUUAUGUGAUGGAAGUGGAUAUGAAUGUGGAGCGGUUCUUAUUCACUGUGCACCGGCUUUUAAGUGGAGGAACAAGUGCCCAUGACCAUUCCAAAACGAAAGCUUCGUUCCUCCACAACUUCCAUACCCUCUUCUCCCCAGAUCUUCGACCUCCCCUGCCCCCGUACUCACCCCUGUGCUUCACUUCGCACAAACUUGGGCAUUUCUAUUCAAUACACAAUCUUACGGUUCUCGGUCCACGCUUGCCCUUCCAAGAUAUCCAGUGUCCCGCUAACUGCCAAGAUUCGUGGUACAACGGGACAUGUUUGAAGAUCUCGUCGAGGACCUCCAGAGGGAUAGUGUCCACAGUCAAGCUCGGCGAAAUGCUAGAAGAGAAUGAAGAAGAUGAUUUACGAUCUGUUGCUACUCAAGCGGAAGUCGGGGAUAUUCUAGGGAACCAGAAAGGUGAGAAGAUUCGGAAGAGGGAAGGGCCACUUUCACUACACCAACUAUUCACAGGUCGGAAUGUGUUGAAAUUCUCAAACCGCACUUUGGAAGAAGAGGUCACAUCCACUGCACCAACUGUUCGCAGUUCACAAUAUGGUGAAAACCUCGAUCCAUACUUUGGAAAUGACACUAACACAAAACAGAUUCAAUGGCCACCUUUGGACAUCGAUAGAGGCAGACUCUGCCUAGCGAAGAAUGCAACUCCUAAGCCCCAAACUCCUAAAUCCCUCGUCGUAAUCAAUCUGAACAACAGAACCAGGCUAACGCUUCGCGUCGAUAGGACUAGAAGUUUCAGUUUCUUUCUCGUCAUCAAGUGGUCCCUCCUUGUCGGUAGGACCGGAUCCCUCAUUUUCCUUGUUUUGAAAAAUGGUCGCGUUCACAAACUAGCGCCUCUACUCUCAUCCCUACGAAACAUUCUGGCUUCUGAAGGACGGGAAGAAUUAUUGUCAUUGCCAUUCGCAUUACCAGUAAUUCAUCGUAGGCUAGGAAUUAGUGAACCAGUGCGUCGGCUAGCUCGACGGAGUCCCUCACGGAACCUUCCAACAGCUCUGUCAAUUCGAAUGACUUACGAACAACAUUGUAAUCGCCUUAGUGUAUUGGUUCUCGUAAAUGGGGAGAUAUUCCAGGAUGUUGACUUGGGUCUUGGAGGGAUAGAUAAUUUUAAGGUCGUGGUAGAUGUGAUGCUAAAAGGUGAAGACUGCAAAUUCGGGUUUAUAGGUUUUGAAUUGAACUCACAUAAUCCUGGUAAUGGCAUUGACAUAUUUAGUUCUUGA